AUGGUGGCUCUCACAUCCGCCGCCGGCCUGGUGGGCUUCUUGUCCGAGCCGGAUUCGACGCUGCAGGCCUUUGCGCUCGAGAGGCUCAACGACGACAUCGACAGCGUAUGGACGGAGGUGUCUGGUUCCAUCGGGCAGAUAGAAGCCUUGUACGAAGACAGCUCUUUUUCCCACCGGGAAUUGGCUGCUCUCGUCGUCUCCAAGGUUUACUACCAACUGCAGGAAUACAACUUGUCGAUGGAGUUCGCGCUCAACGCUGGAAAGCACUUCAACAUCGACCAGGGCGGCGAAUAUGAGCAGACCAUUCUCACAAAAUGCAUCGACACCUACAUCGCUCUUUGCGCCCUCCACAACCCGACGUCGCCAAUGUCCAAAGACCGCCGGCAAUCCAACGACUUUGACUACAAGCAGACUGCUGAUGGACCCGCCAACGCCACUGCCAGCAUGUCUUCGCCCAUCACGCCCUUCUCGCAGUCUGCACUUCCUUCAAAGUCGCUGUUGUCUCGCGACGAGGACAAUUCGUGGGAGCCGUCUGCACCCGGAGGUGGCAAUGCCGGCGUGCCCGGAGCUCAUCCGCAUCCGCUCACGCUCACCAGCCACGUGAAGAAGAGUCUGCAGAAUGUGGUCCGGUCGCUCUUCGAGAGCUGCUACAAGGAAGGAGCUUACCGGCAAGUGGUCGGCAUUGCGGUUGAGGCUCGCAACAUGGACAUUCUUCGAGAGGCGAUUCUGCGCGCAAGCCAGGACGAGAAGAGCAAGGGCAAGAAGGCUGCGGUUGCUGGUGCAGGCCAGAUGGAAGAUCUCAUGGACUACGUUCUUGACAUCUGCAUGAACGUCGUGCAGGAGCGCGGGCUGCGGAAUGAGAUCUUGCAGUUGAUUCUGGACCUGCUCAACGAUAUCCCGAGCCCAGACUACUUCGCCAUCGCACGCUGCGUUGUGUACCUUGAUCAGCACACCAUGGCCUCAGAUAUGCUGAAGAAGUUGAUCCAGAAGGGUGAUGGACGGUCGCUGUCGAUUGCAUACCAGCUUUCUUUCGAUCUCUACGAGAACGGCACUCAGGAAUUUCUGCAAAAGGUUAUGGAAGAGCUGCCAGAGACGGAGGACACCGAGAAGACCGUCCUACCUCCAAACAUGGGACAAACGCGGGCGCCUGCCACCGACAGCGAUGCAACAGCGAACGAGGAGGACAAUGACAACUCUGCGGAGUCGGAACAACUCCUCUCGGAGCUACAAGAUAAUGCAGGAUCCACAUCAACUGUUGUCGCAUCAAGAACAAAACCGCAACCUCAGUCUGAGGACGAGAAGAAAGCGGUCACUUCGGUGAAGACGAUCAUGCGUGGCACGAAGAGCAUUGAGCUUAAUCUCGAGUUCCUGUUCAGGAGUAGCAAGUCCGACAAGGCCAUCCUCAACAAGAUCCGGGACUCACUCGAGGCGCGGAACAGCAUCUUCCACACUUCGGUCACCUUCGCAAAUGCGUUCAUGUAUGCCGGCACCACCAUCGACACUUUCUUCCGGGACAACCUGGAGUGGCUCGGCAAGGCGGUCAACUGGAGCAAGUUCACGGCCACUGCUGCGCUUGGGGUGAUUCACAGGGGCAAUCUAGGACAAGGUCAGAAAUUGCUGGAGCCUUAUCUGCCGAAAGGACCACACGACUCGAGCACUGGAAGCUCAUACAGCCAAGGCGGUUCGCUCUACGCUUUGGGUCUGAUCUACACCAACCACGGCACCCACGUUCUGGACUACCUCCGCCGCUCGUUCAAGUCGACAAGUGAGGAAGUCGUUCAGCAUGGUGGUGCUUUGGGUAUCGGUGUCGCGGGCAUGGCUACUGGGAACGAGGACAUCUACGAUGAGCUGAAGAACGUCCUCUACUCGGACUCUGCCAUCAACGGUGAGGCCGUUGGUCUCUCCAUGGGUCUGGUCAUGCUGGGCACGGGCAACGUCAAGGCUCUUGAGGAUAUGAUUCAGUACGCACACGAUACACAACACGAGAAGAUCGUUCGUGGGCUGGCGAUGGGAAUGGCACUCAUUAUGUACGCGCGCCAAGAAGCUGCGGAUGAGCUCAUUAACGGUCUGCUCGACGACGCCGACCCAGCUCUCCGUUAUGGUGGUAUUCUCACUGUCGCUCUUGCGUAUUGUGGCAGCGGUAGCAACAAGGCCGUUCGCAAGCUCUUGCACGUCGCUGUCAGCGAUGUCAGCGAUGACGUCCGAAGGAUAGCCGUCAUGAGCUUGGGAUUCGUCCUCUUCCGCAAGCCUGGCUCCGUCCCACGCAUGGUCGAGCUGCUCUCAGAGUCUUAUAACCCACACGUAAGGUACGGCGCCACCAUGGCCCUCGGCAUCGCCUGCGCCGGCACUGGCUUGGACGAGGCCAUCGACCUCCUCGAGCCAAUGAUGAAGGACUCUGUCGACUUCGUCCGCCAAGGUGCACUCAUUUCGCUCGCUAUGAUCAUGGUGCAGCAGAAUGAGGCCAUGAACCCCAAGGUCACUCAAAUCCGGAAGCAAUUGCAGAAGAUGGUCGGUGACCGCCACGAAGACGCCAUGGCGAAGUUCGGCUGCGCCAUCGCGCUCGGUAUCAUUGACGCUGGCGGUCGCAACUGCACGAUUGGUCUCCAAACACAGACCGGCAACUUGAACAUGGAGGCUAUCGUCGGUAUGGCUGUGUUCACGCAGUACUGGUACUGGUUCCCGUUCACUCACUUCCUGUCUCUGUCCUUCACGCCGACACAUAUCACUGGUGUUGAUGGCGACCUGGAGAUACCGAGCUUCAAGUUCCACAGCAACACUCGUCCGAGCAUGUUCGACUACCCGCCUGAACAGGAAGUCAAGACCGAAGAGGCGCCCGAGAAGGUCAAGACUGCGGUGUUGUCGACCACUGCGCAAGCCAAGCGGAGACAGGCAGCCAAAGCGCGUAGAGAGCGUGGCGAGAGCAUGGAAGUUGACCCGACACCCACGACACCCAAGCCUGACGGAGCCGACGUCGAUAAGAUGGACGAAGACACGAAUGUCGUCGAGACCGGCAAGGAAGGCGAAGAGAAAGCCGAUGGUGAGACCAGCGCACCAGGCUCGACGAAGAAGAAGGCGGAGAAGGAGAAGGUGGGCUAUGAGCUGGAGAACAUGUCGAGAGUGCUGCCGGGCCAGAUCCGGUACGUCAGCUUCCCUGGCGAGGGGAGGUAUCAGCCGGUCAAGAAGCCCACCGGCGGCCCCAUCCUCCUCUUCGACACCCAGCCCGACGAGCCCAAAUCCUUGCUCGAGCUCAAGGCGAAGAAGAAGACGGCGCCUCCCGCUCCUACCGCCAACGGCAACACUGUCGGUCCCGCCCCAGGUGCGGGCAACGCUGAUCAAGGCGCCGCUGGUGCCCGCGCUGCCGCCGGUGUGUUGACGACUGUGGACGAGGACGAUGAGGGUGGAGAGGAGGCGCCGUGUCCGGAGGCUUUUGAUGUGGAGGACGAUGAGGAGAUGGAGGGGUAG